UCAGCUAUUAGCUAUCCAAUGAUAUUGCUCAGAAUACAAUGAUUAAAUGUAAGAUAAAAGAAACACCAAAACAUGUCUAUUUAUCUAAUCUGGCUGGCUAUCUUUUAUUGUGAAAGUUUUGACCGGAUGUACUUGUUCAAACUCCUGUACACUUGACCCUGAUGGUAAAAGCUGUAGCGCUCCCGCCUCAUCAGACACCUUUUCAGACGAGAAGACAGCGCGCGCACGACUCACGUGCGGAGAUAAAAUGCAGUUGAACAACCGGACGAAGCUGACGAGUCUGGCGCUGGCUGUCAUCGAACAUUAAUGUUUUUUGGUUAGAAGAGGAGCCAUGAAGAAACACCUGAGUCCCACUAAACAACAGCAGCAGCAGCAGCAGCAGCAGCAACCACCGGCUGAUGUCCCGGCUCCAGGCGGCGAGGUUACCGUCCAACAACUCAACGAGCUCCUGUCCAACGGAAGCGGAUUCUACAGCUUACCCACACAACAUUUCAAUGAGGUCUUCCCUAGAAUAUACAUCGGUAACGCGUUUGUAGCACAGAAUGCAAUGCGUCUGCAGAAACUUGGAGUGACGCACGUCCUCAACGUGGCGGAGGGAACCUCCUUCAUGCACGUCAACACCAGUGCGGAGUUCUACGCCGGCACGGGCAUCACGUACCACGGCAUCCAGGCCAACGACACCGAGCAGUUCAACCUCAGUGCCUUCUUUGAGGAGGGGGCUGAUUUUAUCGACAAGGCCCUUGCACACAACAAUGGAAAAGGGAAGGUGUACGUACACUGCAGAGAAGGUUACAGCCGCUCCCCUACCAUGGUUGUCGCUUACCUCAUGCUGCGCCAUAAAAUGGAUGCCAGGCUGGCGGUUGCCACUGUGAGGCAUAAGAGAGAGAUCGGUCCUAACGACGGCUUCCUUCGCCAACUGUGCCAACUAAAUGAGAAGCUGGCAAAGGAGGGCAAGCUGAACGGGGAGGUGGGAAAACUAAAGACCAAAUGAUAUUAAAAGACCCUCUCUGCCCUGUCUCCUCCCAUCAUGCCUUUCACAGGCUUCAGCUGCUCCCGGAGACUGACCCCACCCAGACUAAACCAGCACCCAUCUGACACACCAGGGGUAUUCAGAAACACAAACAUACAUGCAUUUAUCUGUGUAGAUAAUUAUUCCUCAUACACACACAAUCUCUCUCUCUCUCUCUCACACACACACACACGUACAUGCUGUUUUCUUUCAAAUCUUUUGUCCAUGUCUCUCUGCUGCUCUGUAAGGGAACAUCUGUCGUCCUCUUCCUGCUCCUACAACGAGUGUGAUCUCAAAUACUUAAACAAAUCCCUCAUUCCCCUUUUUUACCUCCACACCACACAGAUGUGCAGACGUCUCACUGCUAGUAUCUGAAAGCUCUAAUCACUUUUGAGCUGAGCUACUUAAAGCAUUCCUUCGGUUCCCACAAGUUAAGACGGUAAAAACUUACAGAUUUUUAAAAUUUCCUUAAAUAAUUACAUAUAUAUAUAUAUAUAUAUAUAAAUGCAAGAUUAUAGCACAAUCAUUCCAUAGUUUUCCACUGCCGGGAAUGUCAGUGAUGUCUCCGCCAGCAGGAGUAUUCUAUAAGUUCCAAAUACACUCCUAUUAAUACUGAAAGUCGAUGGCCUCACAUGAUACAGAGGGUGAUAUGUGAAUGGAUGGAGGAAAGUCCCAAACAUUCCAGGAAAACUGAAAAUGCCCCUCAGAGUUUUGUUUGCCCACUCAAUCCUUAAAAUCCUCAAGUCUCUUAUCUUCUUUCCAUAGGGGCAGAUAUUGAAUGCACAAACACAAAAAUUCACACUCUACUGCAUCAAAAUGCAAGCUGUAUCUCUAUGUAGCAUUUCAGCUCGUCUGGCCUCUAGUUUGACAGCGGUGGCUCAAACGGUUGUUAACACAGCAAAGGUUGAGCUAAUUAAAAAUAAUGAGCUGCGUGGGUUUUUCUUGCAGCAUGAUGCAUGUUAAUAUGAACUAAAUAUGUUGCUUUUUAGUUUGGCAUUGAGCUCAGUCAGCCAUAUGGUUAAGCAUGCAUUUCUAUUGCAUUAAUCUGAGAGGGAGACACUGGAUUAAAUCUUAUUUUAAAAAGAAGAAAAACCAACAACUUCAAAUUGCCUCAUUUACCUUAUUUCAUUUCUAAUUUUCAGUAACCUGUACCCGACUGUCCUGUGUUAGAAUCACCCAGGAUGCAAAAAAGAGGUUUACACUUGAUAAAUACACUUAGUCUAAACAUAGUCUCAGUUUUAACACAAUCUGCAGGUUCGGUUUGUGUGUUAGACGCAGGUACUAUACUGGUAAAAAAAAAACCAAAAAAAACCAACAACAACAACAAAAAAAAACAAACACUUUUUAUACAUACAAUGCCAGGGUGAACAGACUUUGGAUGUCUACGCAGGAGGCUUUUCAGCUGUCUUACAUGCGUCUGACAGAACAGAUACAGCCCCUUUUUAAUCAGUCGUCCAGCUGAUUGUGUGUUGUGCUAUUAUCACAGCCAAAACCCUACAUUCUGACCUACACUCAGUACUGUGCCUGAACACAUGGAUGGACAGAUGGAGCACUGCCACUGCUGCUCUGCUUAGAGGAUGCUUUUACUACAUGGGCUGUAUAGACACAGUGUUACAGCAACAAGUACUUUAGCAUAGUUUAAAUCUUAACCAAAUUUUUUUUCAUCUUCAGGAAGAGAGAGGACCAACUUUGGUCCUGCAUGAAAAAAACAGCCUCCUCAUUUAUUUGAAUGAAGCUAGUCCAGUAUGACUGUUACAUUGCUGAAGGUGGCUGCAGUGUGACACCAUUUGACAAAAUACUUACCAGCACAUAUUCCUGGUAGAUUACUCUUUAAAGAAAAUUCUGUAUUUCUACUUUUAACUUUGUGUGUUACUCUGUGUCUUACAGGCCCUCUAAAGCCAGUGUUAUACUUGUGCAUCAGUGAGUAUGUAAGUGUGGACGUCCAUGUAGCCAGCAGUUUGGUGUGUCCGCGCGGACUUGUCCGUGUAGGGUCCACACACUAUCUGUGCAUACAUCCUCCAACUGGAUUAGAAAGAGUAUUAUAAGUACAACUAUGUGUCUGUGGUGUCCACAGCUGUACAUGUCCGCUAGGCAGUAUAAUUUAGGCUAAACUCAUGGCUCAUAUUUCAUGUCCCUUGUUGUUGUAGCUGUUUUGGUCUGAAUGUUUGCAGUGAACAUAUUCUGUCUGUGAGCCCUGACGUUUCGUCAGUUAAAUAGGAACGCGAUUUGUUGUUGUAAUAUUCUAGUUAACACUUUCCACAGAAUAUCCAUGACACAUUCAAACUACCAUGCACGACGUGGCAGUAACAUAUGGGUGUUAAAAGCCAGCUGUGCCAGUUUACUGCCUUCAAACUAGAGGCCUUUAGUUCUAAACUGUCAAAUGCAGAGGGAUGCCUCCCACUUUCACCAGAAAGUUCCAGUCAUCAUGCCAGAGAGUUGUCCACUGCCAAUUCCCUGACACAGCCAUUCGGCCAGUAUCCAAUUCCACUGUUUCAUCAACACAGUUUGUCAGAGGUCCAUAUACAACAUGUCACAUGUCUCACCCCUAAGUGUGUGUGUGUCAUACGGUGUUUUAUUAUGCCUGACUUUAUGCACACACAGGGUCAAAUCACAAAGCCUUUUUUUGUUUGUACUGUAUUUAAGCAUUGCAAUAUAUGUCAAUACCCCAUCAGAUAUAUAGAAUGUAAUCACAUCUAAAUAUGACUAUUCAGGCUGUAGUUGUUACAUAUAGGCAACGGUAGCUCAACAGUACAUUUUGAAAGACAAUGUAUUUAAUACUGGGCAUAAUACUGUAAACUAGACCUAGUGCCAGGAAGGAUGUAGUGAUGGAGUGUUUCUAAAUCCUGCACCAGGUCACCAGGUCUCCUCCAGAGUUGUAGAGACAUACUGUGAGAGUGAGGCAGUGUGAGAUGGAAAGUCAGAGAUCACUUCAGUUUGCAGACUGCACUCAGAAAAGAGCGUCAGUAGUUCAGCCACUAUGUCCCACACAUUAGAUCGCAUAUUUCUCUAGAAUAGAACACCUGGGGCACGUUAGCAUGAAUCCAGGGGGAUAGUCAUCUCACUAGAGAGGAAAAUGGAAAGUAGGUUGUCUCACCUCAUUAAUGGCACUAUUUAUUCCUCCUUGGAUAUAUCUGUAUACAUAUGAAUAUAUACAUGUAUACUGUAUAUACAUAUUUAGUGUUGACAUAUAUGAAUGUAUGAGCAAUGUGUCUAUAACGUGUAGGUAUCGUCAGUUUGUCUUAAGUCCUAAUAUAUCAUGUUAUAUUUGUAUAUGACAUCACAGAGUAGCUACUCCAUUUUUUCUGUUUUCACAGUUAAUUACAUGUACAUUAAUAUUCAAAUAUGAUGUACAUGUAAAACGUUCUGUGUAAUUGUGAUAUUUCAUAUCGCAAUUGUGCAAAACUUGCUGAUGAUAGCAGGGGUUUUUUGCAAGCUUAGCUGGGAUACUGAGGCAUGAAGUCAUCGUGUUUACUGGUGUUUUGUACAGCUUUAAGUUUCCAUGGCAAUGCUGAUUUAUUCAUAAUAUACAGCAAGAUGCAGGUGGCAGCAUAGGAUGCAUAUGGUUUAUCCUGCAUAUGAUCUUACUGCAGACAUAUCAUCACGUCCAAGGAUACACUCAUGCUAUCAUCUCUUCAUAUGGUGCCUCAAAACUUUUUCUAUUAUUACUUUUACUUUUAUUUCUUUCUCGACACGCGGUGGAAAUUUUGAGAAUGAGGUGGUUCUCCAGCUACACUUUGCAUUUCAAUGUAGUGUCAUUCACUUUAGCAGGCUGCAGACUCUCCACUAGGGGGAGCUGGUCAGACACUGUCAAACUGCACUGCCUACAGGCAAAAAGUAAUUACACCUGUGAUUUUAAUAUUUUCUAUUCUUUUAUGAAUAGAAGUGGGGGAGUGUAAACUGAUAACAAUUAUAUAUUAUAUUAUUAUAUAUAUAUAUUUUUUUUUUUGCAUUUUUGUGUUUUGGACACAUUAUGAAGCAGAUCUGAAUGCAGAAAAAAAGUAUCUUGUUUACACUACAGUCAAAUGUUGAUAGUUGAUGAUUAAUCCAUCAAUUGUUAGGUCAAUCAACAGAUAAUUAACCAACAACUAUGGUAUUUUGACAGUGAAUUAAUGAUUAAAUAUUCUGUUGAGCAAAAAUGCAAAAAAAAAAAAAAAAAAACCCUGAUGGUUCCAGCUUCUCCAAUGAUGUUCAUUUUCACUAUUUUCUGAUGUUUAUCAACAACAACUAUUGAUUAAUUGAGGAAACAGUUUUCAUAUCAACUGAUAAUGAAUAUAAUUAUUAAAUUAGUUGUGUUCCUCAUCCUUAGUUGCACUAUAAUUGCAGUUCUGCAUAGUUUGGAAGCAAACCAGCCAAAUAACCAAUGUGAAGAUUUAGAGAAAGGUCUUUACAUAAAUACAUCCAGAGGAGCCAUUUUUAGUCUGUGUGUUUAUACAAACAUCAGAUCACAUAAAAUCUCAAAACAUACAUUGAAAUGUCCAGUGUUGCUGAAAGCCUCUGACUGAUUAUUGGCCAUGAGGAAAAGUCAAAGAGGGGAAUAUUAUCACAGGGAGUUGGAGUUAGGUGCAAGCUUUGCAGAGUGAGAACAUGAGCGCAGUUGUGAUGUUUCUCGUGGGGGGGACGUCACAAGGUCGCUGUGUUUCUGGCUUCUACUGAUCAUAUCAGUGCUGGUUAAUGGACAGGUAGUUCGUGUCCACUUUGACCCCCCUGUCAUUUUGUCAUGUCAUCUGUAAAGUUACAAACACUUGAUUCCACACAUCUCGCUAACACUGCUUCCUCUUGUGGGAUCCCUGAAAUGUCUGGCAAGAAGAAUCAGCUUCAAAUUUGAGACUGCUUCAACUUAGUGCAUGUGUCACUGUAUUUUCCCACCACCUCAUCAUGAACCCCAAACCACACAGCGAUGAAGUCAGCUCUAUUAAACAGACAAUAUAAGAAAGACUACUACAGACAGAGAACCACUUACCUCUGUGCCCUCACACAACUACAUUAUAUACCAAGAUUGUGCCAAUUAAGUGAUUAGUGUAUUGUGCAAAACACCAUUUAUACAUGUUUAUAAUUGGCUUUAUUGUCAUAGAAAUGGACUGGGGUUUCACUCAUUUGAAUAUUUGCAUCUGCUCUACAAUACUGCCCUCCUUUCUGAAUACACAAAAAGCAACAACUAACUCUUCUUGUUUAGUUUUACAUCUUUAAAUUUGGGGGUCAAUGGGGGUAAAAUUCUUCAAAUUGGUCCAGGAUGAGGGUAUGUACUUUAUAGCAUCAACUGCCUGCUCCAACCUGCUUAUUGAUUAAAUCAUUGACUGUUUUGGCUCUAGAGAUAUAGGGUCUAAUAAACACCAUGUGGAAGCCAAAGUAGCCAUGGUAGAAGUUUUCUGUCAAAUAACAAAACUAGAAAACUUCUCUUUGGGGAUCAAACAAACACAGAAAGCUUCUGUGAUGGCUACACUGUUGGCUUAACACUCUUUGUAUGCAUUGAGUAACAGAUAAACACUGCCACCUGCUGUUCAACAAAUCCAGUGGUUUGCACAAGUUUCUUUUUUAAUUGCUGAUUAAUUAACAGUGACAUGACAUUAUCAAUAGUUACAAUCCAACCCCAUGUUUUCUGUCACUAAAUUAACAGUUUUCUUUCUUCCUUAAUGUGAAAUGUAAUAUCAAUAUAAAGCUGUUUGCUUUGUUUUGUUUAAACAGGUACCAGCAUCUUUUUGUGGGUUGUACUCCUGGUACAGUACAUUAUGUAUUAUUGAGAAUGUCAAAUGUGAAAUGCCAUUGAUGUAUAUUGUUAUAUAUGCUGAGUAUGUAACACGCACUAAGGAAAUUGUGAAUUGCUGCAUUUUACUGUCAUAACUGGCCUAUUACAGUACAGGAUGUUGUUUGAUAUUGGAUGUAGAGGGUUGAAACUGCAGAGGAAACAAUUUUUUUCAAAUUUCUUUUCUCCUCAAAGAAACAUUUAGUUGAUUUUUAUUUAGAUUUGUCCUGUUGCGAGGACGUGAGUUGAUUAUAGGUUUAAUUAUCUUGCUCUGCUAAUAAAGACAGUUAUUGUUUUUGUACAGUUGGAAACUCUGAAAAGUCCACGAAAGUGUGAUCGUGACCUACUUCUCCAGCUAACUAUGUCAUCAUCCAUGUUGUUUUAGGACGAGUCACCUAUAAUGGUAAUCAGACCUGGGCCAGACUAUAAUUGUAAUUCAUUCGCAGUGCCUGUUUAAAACUGUAUGAGUUACCAGACUCGGAGCGGAGGAUUGUUGAAUCAUUCACACAGAGCCAGGUAGUUGUGUUUUUUAUCACAGAAAAGUACAUUAAAUUGACUUACAAAUAAUUUCCUGUGAUUUUCAUUCAAAUUUGCCGUCCCAUGUGGCACAACUCAGCCAUCUGUGCUGAAGUAGGCAAAAACCUGAGACGUCUGAACCCUCUGUAACUGACAGUUGAUAUCUUACAUCAUGGAAACCCAUCUGGCUGAACUUAUCUGAAUUGUCCAUGAUGCAAUAAACUCCGUCUCCAUCUGGUGCUCCUGAGAGCUUUCAAACAAACACCGGAAAUUACUUACAAAUACUGUUUGGCCCAGGUAAGACGCUGACUCCAGAGCUGUCAUCCUCUUCUUGCUCCCAUUCUGAUAAAUGGCCUAAAACAGGAGUUUUAGCACAAAUGAGCCCACUGCCUGACUCCUCCUGGAGUCCAUUACACAGUCGACGUCUUAUCUUGUCACAUAGUUGCAUUUCUGUUUGUGUACAGAUAUCGCAGCAGACAUUGUUGUGAUGUAGGAUUGGCUGUUCAUGGGUACGUCCAGAGAUAUUUAUAUAUUCGUCAUCGCCACUGACAUCUCAACGAACACGUCACGACAGUAAAGACACAGCACCCCACCCAAAGCCUUACAGUAAAGAUCGAUUCUACAGAUAUGUUUUUGAGUUUGUGUAUCUCACUUCACACAGCAGGAAGGGACAGCUCCCUUACAGAAUGAGACAUUGUUGAAGUGCACUUGAUUUUAAAUUGCAAUGUUAUUUUUCUUACCUUGGAGAAGUCCCCUCUUUCUUAUGUUUAAGAAAUAAAUGGCUGAGGUAUUAACAUCUUA